UUAAUUCAUUAUUUUCAGGAAUUUUUUACUGACAACCUGUGGGAGACGCUGCCAGAGUCCUGGAGAUUAACCCUGUCGGACCUGACAGCUCCAGAGUUGGCUGAUCAGCUCCUUUCUAAUAGUAACACAAAGAACACAAGUUACAGGUCAGUAUGGCCGCUCAGUCUCUUGGCUCUGAAGGUCUCGGCGCAGUCCUUGGCCUUUCGUCGAAUGCCACGUCAUGACGUCGGAGGCGCAGAUAAGAAGAGACCCGCCGAGUUCCAGACAAACCACUGCCAGAGCUCCUUACUGGAUCCUCUCUUCAGGAAACACGUGAAGCCAAAGAAACAGCAUGAAAUCCGGCGUCUGGGGAAGUUGGUGAAGAAGUUGAGUGACGUCACACGGUGCGAUCAUGUGGUGGAUGUCGGCAGCGGUCAGGGUCACCUGUCGAGGGUCUUAUCGUUCGGUCAAGGGCUCGACGUCACAGCAGUAGAAGCCGACCACAACCUCGUCGCCAUGGCCACCAAAUUCGAUCAUGAUUUAAUCUACAUUCUGAAGAAGGAACGAAUGAGACCAACAAAGGGCCUGGCUUAUGAUAUCACCAGCAUCCAGUCAUCCAAGCCCCCGCGGCACGUCUUGGCCACUGUAGACCCUCAAGCCUCAUGGGAGGAAUUUGUGCAUCAAUUAACUGAUCGUAAGGAGACAAAUCCAAGUGAAUCCAGUGCAUCUGCCCAAUUUACUACUACACAAGAACUUGUAACCCUGCCUGUAAGCUCUUCAGACCACUGCCACUAUUGUCAGCCGGACCACUUUAUAAUAACCGGACUCCAUGCUUGUGGAGACCUUAGUGUUGCCAUGCUACGGCACUUUGCCAGAUGCCCCAACAUCAUUGGCAUCACCUCGGUUGCCUGCUGCUAUAUGAAAUUAACCACAUGUGAAGUGCCGCAGCCUCCUGGGGUCCUGGCUCCAUCUCACUGUAGUGACUCGCUCCUACAACAAUAUGGCUACCCUGUAAGUUCCUGGGUUUCCGGACUCCCUGGCCACAAACUUUCGUACAAAUCUAGAGAGGUGGCCUGCCACGCUAUUGAGGACUAUAUAGAGCGCCUUAAAGGCGAGAGCGACAUAUUAAGGGUACAUUGUUACAGGGCUGCGCUGGAGACUGUGAUCCGUGGAAUAGAUCCCACCAUGAAACGUGUCGGGGUACAAACAAUAAAGAAGGCCCACAAGCUUCCAUUUAAGGACUAUGCCAAGCAGGGUCUGCAGCGAGUGGGAUUAAAUCCGGAUACACCUAUCAAUCCCUCCUUGGUAGACGAAAUGUUGGCUCAGCACCAGAAGGUGGUGGCGUUCUUCAGUCUGGCCCUGCUAUUGGCUCCUCUUGUGGAAACCCUGAUUCUGCUGGACCGGAUGAUUUUCCUACAAGAGCGAGGAUUUCAUUGUGACGUCCUCCCUCUAUUUAAACCCGAGUUCUCCCCAAGGAAUCUGGUCCUUGUAGCUGCUAAAGGCGUCCGUCAUCUCUCUGACUUACUGGAAGAGAUCACUUUUAGUCAUUUCAGGGUAGGAUAGAAAGCGCAGAAUAGACACUGCUUUUUGUUUUUAUGGAUAUUAUUUAUAGAAAUAAAUAAUUUAUUUGAAAGUAUUUUUUUGAAGUUCAAUUUUAUUCAUUAUUAUUAAAAUCUUGAGUACAAAAAUAACCUCAAAAACUCAGGGCUGACUGCAGAGGUCUUAGAGUGUACCUGUUGCUUCAAAAAAAUUGUUUACAUGUCCUAUAGCAGUGUUUCCCAACCAGGGUGCCUCCAGCUGUUGCAAAACUACAACUCCCAGCAUGCACUCCCCAUCCCCGCAUACAUUAACACAUUUAUAGUGCAGAGGGGCACUUGUCGACUCUUCUCACCUCUGACAUCCAAAGUCAGCAGAGAGUCGAGAGGACGUUGCACAGAUAGAUCAGUGUUUCCCAACCAGGGGGACUCCAGCUGUUGCACUCCCCACUACAACUCCCAGCAUGCACUCCCCAUACCCGCAUACAGUAC